ACGAGCUCCAGUCCCUCCUGCCCCCCGUCCCGACUUCCAAGCCAGAAGGUUGCUUGCUUAGCACAUUCAAUACCGAUACUGUACUGGGGUCGCUCGUUUCGUUUCGUUUCGUUGCAUCGCAUUUGAGUUGAGAUAGCCACAAAGGCUCAAUCGCGGCACAUCAUGUUUUCAGCAGCUAGGACGACUGCUGUUCGAUCAGCCCGCAACCUCCCCCAGGCCACUUCCGUUUUCGCGAGCCCCUACAGCCCGUCCGCGCUGCACAGGCUACUGUCAACAUUGGCAGUCCUCGAGCAAAGAGAUGGUCAACUCAACCACGGAUCCCUGAGCGCCGUCACAGCCGCAAGGAAGCUGGGUGGCUCCGUACAUGCUUUUGUUGCCGGCGCCAACAUCAACGCCGUGGCCAACGAGGCAGCAAAGGUGGACGGUGUCGAAAAGAUCAUUGCCGUAGACAAUGCUGCAUAUGAUAAGGGACUCCCGGAGAACUAUGCCCCUUUGCUCCUCGAGAACAUCAAGAAGGGUGGCUAUACACAUGUUGUCGUAGGCCACACAGCCUUCGGAAAGAGCCUGUUCCCCCGAGUCGCCGCCAUGCUCGAUUCGCAACAGAUCUCUGAUAUCACCGCAAUUGAAAACGAGAACACCUUUGUCCGACCCAUUUACGCCGGCAAUGCUAUUGCUACCGUCGAGUCAACCGAUGACAUCAAGUUUAUUACCGUUCGUGGCACCGCCUUCGCGGCCGCUGAGAUCGGAGGUGGCUCCGCGGCCGUGGAGGCUGGCGUUGAUCCCAAGGUUGAGUCCACCUCAGAUUGGGUAUCCGAGGACCUGGCCAAGUCGGACCGACCCGACCUCGCAACCGCCCCCAAGGUUGUCUCUGGAGGAAGAGGACUCAAGUCAAAGGAGGAGUUUGACCGGGUAAUGUUGCCCCUGGCUGACUCGCUUGGUGCUGCCGUUGGCGCAUCACGAGCGGCUGUUGACAGUGGAUACGCCGACAACAGUCUCCAGGUAGGACAGACCGGCAAGGUUGUCGCUCCCCAGCUUUACAUGGCAGUUGGCAUUUCAGGCGCUAUCCAGCACUUGGCAGGUAUGAAGGACAGCAAGGUCAUUGCUGCUAUCAACAAGGACGCUGAUGCACCCAUCUUCCAGGUCGCCGACGUUGGCCUGGUCGGUGAUCUAUUCGAUAAGGUGCCUGAGCUCACAGAAAAGCUGAAGUCGUCCUAGUCAUGCUAUAGAUAUAGUACAAUGUAUUACAAGAUGUACAA